AUGUCUAUUACGAGACGUAGACAGCGUACAACAUUCACAUCUGUACAAGCCGACACACUGGAAAAGGAAUAUCUCGCUGAUCAGUACAUGCCGCGAAGUAGACGAAUGCUUAUCGCCCGAUCAUUAGGUCUAAAUGAGAGUCAAGUAAAAACAUGGUUUCAAAAUCGAAGAGCUAAAGAUAAGCGUAACGACAAGAAUGCUACGUUAUUGGGGUUUAUUGUUGUGCCAUUAAUUUCUCGAUAG